GAAUGAUGAAUCAGCGUUCAGUCGACCCGAAAUGUUUCGGAGGUUGUGUAGCACGAGAUCGUGAAUUCAGGCUGUCCAACUGAGAAAUAAGUUCCCGUUUACUACCGUGCGAACGAUACUAGCGCUUCAAGUGGACUUCAGGCAGUAUUUACCGCCAUUUGAGCUUGUCGGGUUCGAUCGAUUCGAAGAUCGAAGAUCAUAGGAGGCACACUUUGGAGAAAAAUUAAACAACGAUAUAAUAUUUAUGAUCGCGUGAUAUAUAGAGCGUACCUUAAUAAUGGUGAAAAUUGAAGACUCCGUUAGAAAGCUGCUUUCCAAACCAGGAAGCGAAAAACCACAGGAAUGUAAGAGGCAGCCGACGGAGUAUGAGGAUUUGACUGGAAAUUUCUAUGAUGAAUCGAACGCUUUCUCCAUGCAGUACUGUCACAUGUAUGCGAUCAGACUGACGGAGCUGAGAGAGGUAUUGGCGUCACGUGUUGAAGCGAAAUGGGGAAAAGUCCAGAUAGCAAAGUUGGCAGAGCUGGAAGAUUUUGAAGGGAAAGAAUGCGUAAUAAUUGGCACACUUUUUAAACAUCAGACGUGGAAGCCGUCAAUAUUACGCGAACUCAGCGAAGACCACCAACUCACGUUACCCGAGCCGAGGGCGAAUUACUGCUCCGAGAAGGAUCAACUCUUCUUGGAGGACGAGAUGUUGCGUAUUAAAUUGGUUAUUGGAGAUGCGGACUUGAAAAAUUAUGUAACGGGUGUUGUAUGCGCCAUACUAGGUCACAAGGACAAACAUGGCAGUUUUGUAAUCAAGGAGUGGUGCUUUCCUGGUUGCGUGCCUAGAAGUUUGCCGGUACAACCAAAGUCCAAGGGCAAGCUGAUAUUCCUAUCUGGACUCGAUUUAGCAGCCAGUUCCAAAAAGGUCUCGUUAGAUCUCUUAGCAGACUGGAUACGCGGUAUGGCGGGGAAUGCGGUAGUACAAGAAGAAGUCACUUGCGUAACUCGGGUUAUCGUUGCUGGCAAUUCCGUCAAGAGUGUCACCAAGACGAACAACCUGAUGGGACACGCGGAGGGAAAGGCGCAAGAUACGGCGAUAACCGCGGAAGUCGCCGCAGCGACGAAACGCGUGGACGAGUUUUUCAUCCAGAUAGCCGAGUGCUGUUGCGUCACGUUGAUGCCGGGUCAACACGAUCCCACCAAUAUAAUGCUGCCACAAAGGCCGUUACAUCCGUGUAUACUACCACGCGUGUCAAGGUAUUGUGUAAAUGUGUGUACAGUUGUGUGUACAGAAGUGCAUUCAGGUUCUGGAUCGCAUCAGACAAGAUCAAGUAUUUAGCUAGCUGAAAUUAAAAAGAUUCUCUUUGUAUUAUUAGGACUGUGAUUUAGUUUUGAGGGUUUUACAACAAAUGGCUGUAGUGUCAGUUUGUUCCAA